UAGGAAUUUGAUGAACAUGUUUAUCUUGAAAAUAUAUAAGGCUGUAAAAUAUCGGUUGUAAUAUUAUUGUUAUAUUAAAAUAUAGGAUGUCAAAAUAUUAAUUAAAAGAAAAAAGAUUUCAUAAUUUUGGUAAACAUAAAAAAUCAUCGCACAGACCUGAAUACUAUAAGAUGUUAAAAUGCCAUAAUUAUUAAUGCCUUAAUCGAUAUCUUGAGCUCUAAGCAGUACAUUCAUCCAUCAUAGAAGUAACCAUAUACACAGUUGGUUAAUAAAUGUCUUCUGAAACAAAACAAUAGGCGACUGUGAAAAAAAAAAUGAUACCUUACAGGUUCUUGCCUGUCUCAUGAGUCACACUAAAAACCAAUGAAAUUUUAAUUGUUUCUCACACAUUACUUUGCUUGUUUCUUCUGCUAUAGAACACAUUUAUACACCAUUGGAGUAAUCUGGAUUUGUUUAAAGUAGUUCUUUUAAUCAUAGUUCCUUAAAAAAAUAAGAUAUUUCAAUAUAAAAUGAUGUUCAUAAAAAUAUUUGAUAUUUUGAUUUUAUGUUUUAUAAUCAAUUAGUAUUAUACUUAUUUGUUUGUAUUCAACUCGAGAAAGGGAGGCAUAUCUGAGAUAGAAUGAGGAUAAAUCAGGUACAUUUUGGGUUGAACUAAGUACAUUAUAAUCCAGUAAUGUCUCUUUAAAAUUCGCAUGCCCUGUACUGAACCCAAGUCACAUCUAAGGAUGAGCGAGAAUAUAUCCGGUUGCAAUUGACUGGCAACGGCAGCCGGAGAACUAAAAGUGGCAUCCUCCCACGGGACCUCACAGCAACUGCGCUGCGCACCGCAAGGACGAAGACGAUAGUGGACUUUAGGACUAAUGUAAUGAGACCAUAGUAUGGACCAACGAUGUUGUCCAGAAAAGGACUCGUUCCCGAGGAUUAUUUGUUGACUCGAUUGGCGGAAGAUGUGUUACAACAACCGAAAUUCAAAACGAAACAGCGGAAAGCGCGAUUCGUCGCAAAGAACGGAAGAUGCAACGUUGCGCACACGAACAUACGCGAGCAGGGCCGGUUUCUGCAGGACGUUUUCACCACGCUGGUGGAUCUGAAAUGGAUUCAUACCUUAUUUAUAUUUACCAUGUCCUUCUUGUGCAGUUGGCUUCUGUUCGGGAUGAUCUGGUGGCUCAUCGCCUUCGCGCACGGAGACCUGGAUGCGAAACCUGAGCGCUUUGUGCCGUGUGUUACAGAGAUCCACUCGUUCUCCUCUGCGUUUCUGUUCUCGAUCGAAGUCCAGGUGACCAUCGGCUUUGGAGUACGGAUGAUCACGGAGGAGUGCUUAUCGGCCAUUAUUGUAUUGAUCAUACAAAACAUAGUGGGUUUGGUGAUCAAUGCCAUUAUGCUAGGAUGCAUCUUUAUGAAGACGGCUCAAGCCAACCGCCGCGCAGAAACGCUCAUCUUCAGCAAACACGCUGUUAUAACAGUCCGCAACAACAAGCUGUGCUUUAUGUUUCGCCUCGGUGACCUGAGGAAAAGUAUGAUCAUAAGCGCAACCGUCCACAUGCAAGUGGUGACGAAGACAGUCACCAAUGAAGGCGAGCUGGUGCCGCUGGAUCAGAUAGACAUCCAGAUGGACAACCCGGUGGGCACCAACAGCAUCUUCCUAGUGUCCCCUCUCAUCAUUAGUCACACUAUAGAUAAAAACAGCCCUUUGUAUGAUCUCUCUGCUGACGAUCUGCUGCAGAAAGACAUCGAGGUGAUCGUCAUACUAGAAGGGGUUGUGGAGACCACCGGUAUCACCACCCAAGCGCGGACAUCUUACCUGUCCGAAGAGAUAUUAUGGGGGCAGAGGUUUUCGCCCGCGGUGUCAGAAGAGGAUGGGAUGUAUGCUGUGGACUAUUCAAAGUUUGGAAACACGAUUAAAGUGCCCACGCCGAGCUGCAGCGCGCGGUCGCUAGAUGAGGAUGGAGGGAUGGAGAGGUUCAGAGCGCGCGAGUCCACCAGUUUUGGGGCAACCGUCAGAAGAAGACUGAAACAUCAAAACACCAAAGUGGCAUAAAUUUAGCCAUUUAAAGUAUUUUUAGAUUCAAAUACCACACGUUUGUUUGUGUUUACAUUCAACGUAAAAGCGGGAAUUAUAAUGUAGGGAGGACAUUCAAUUUUAAGAAAUACGGAUGCACUACAUAUUUUUUGUAUAUUUCUAAAUACCAAAAUAUAUUUUAUUGCGAGUUAUGCACGUUUGAUUAAAGCUCUCAGGGUAUUGAAUGAUAAACUAUUCACAUGGUUCAAGAUUACGCAUGACGUUUACGCGAUGCCCUUGUUUUAUGCUUGCCUUGUUAUUUAAAUAAACCAGUUUGUUUGUAUUGUUUCUUUAUGUAUACGUUUAAAGCAAAAUUAUUUUUAAAGCAAAGGAAGCGGUCAAGUUUCAAAGUCAAAUAGAUUUCUGAAUGUUAUGCGAUUAGGAAUUACAGCUAGCGACUUUGGGGAACCUCAUGAAUAAUGGUAAGUACUUGUUGCCAGGGUUGCAAGUUUACAGACCUUAUCUUAUGAAUAUUAAUUAGGACAUACUGGAGUUGCUUGGCAACUUUCCGAAGCGUUCAAAACAUGCAUGCGUCAGACACGUAUACGCUCACUAAUACAGUGAAUGGCUGCCAUAGUGUGUCCAAGAUAAGGUAGUGCAGGGUGUUUUUACCGUUAAGUCAUAAGUUCAGCCGUUCAUUACUGCUCAGCUCAAGGUCACUAUUGAGUACCUCAGAGAUGACUCAUUUUUGUAUUCAAACCCCAGAAGUGCGUAAGCAUUUUAGGACUUCCGGUUCCAUCGCUCCAAAGUCUGUGGCUUUUUUUAAUGUUUUUUUGGAUAAUCGCCUGAAAUAAGGUCUGUGGUUAACAAAACCUACAUAUAUAUUCACGUUUUAUUUUAUGACAUAAAACACCAAUUAUAUCCGGCUUGUGUUUUUUUAAAGCCUUAUCGUAUCUUAAAUACGGCGGUUGCUAACAAGUUGCAAAAAGCGACUACUUUGGCGGGGACGAUAGACGUCAUCGCACGUACACCUCACAAAUACUGCAACAUACAGAUAUAUCUUACAUAAAACCUAGAUGUGGGUUGAU